UUGGUUUCCACCCGGACUCAUCUCAUUGUUACUCUUCAAACCGAUUUGCUAAAAUUUGUAAGCUAAAAUACGGUAUUUAAUAAUAAUAAUAAAACAAUAGUUGUUUUCAGUCGACGUGUAAAUAUUUGGUACAUGUCAUAUUAUGUGGUUUGUUUGAUUUUGGUCUCAUUUGCGGCUCUUUAUAUCGAAAGGGAAAGAAAUUUGUGUUGGCUGUGCGGUGACUAGUAGCGCUCCACGCUUCCGCUCUCCCUUCGAGACGCUUCUAGAAAGAUAAAUAAAAUGGAAUCCAGGAUGCUCGGGAGGAUUUUCCUGUCCCGGUGAAGCGCACUCUGAGAGACGCGUGUACUGGUGAAGAUGUCGGAGAGGCUGGAAGUGCUAUUGGUUGGAGAAGGGAACUUCUCCUUCUCGGUGGCUGUGUGUGAAUCGGGUGAAGUUGCGAGCCUCACCGCGUCCUGCUUACAAACCGAGCAGCAAGCCGUGGCCCAGGAACACGCUGCCCACAAUAUCCAGCGCCUCCGAGACCGAGGCUGUACAGUGCUUUUUGAGGUGGACUGCACGUGCCUAAAUGAGCACGAGGUCAUCCGGCGCCAUGUCUACGACCGCGUCAUUUUCAAUUUUCCUCAUUGUGGGCGAAAAAGCGGCGUCAAGAAGAACCGCACUCUCCUGGCCAAAUUCUUCAUAAGCUGCGCUGAAGUGCUCAAGGCCGGCGGAGAAGUGCACGUGGCUUUAUGCAAUGGCCAAGGAGGCACUCCAUGUGACAACCCGAUGAGAGAAUGGCACAACAGUUGGCAGGCGGUCGCCAUGGCAGCCGAGGCCGGCCUCAUUCUCAGCGAGAUCCGUCCGUUCGAUCGCGACAGAUAUCAAGGUUACAAAUGCACGGGUUACAGGAGUCAGGAUAAAGGUUUUCAUGCGGAAGGGGGGCUGAACCACAUUUUUACCCAGAGCUUGCCGUACACAAUGCCCGAGAAACUCAAAAUGGACGUCGCAAUCGGGAAGGAGAUGGUUCGUUUUGAGCUUCCCGAGGAGUUGAGCGAAUACGUGAACAGGGAUUUCCUCAGACGGCAGUCGCGCCAUCCUGCGAAACUUGUGCUGGAGCAGUUGCUCAGAGAGAUCAAAUCCUCGUGGCCUGUGUGUUCAGUGAGCGGCAGCUUUCCAGAGUUGCUCAGCUGCUCCCAAGAGAAACUCCGGGCUUGCGGCUCAAACCUGAGCUCCUCUGAACUGUACUGGAUCAAGCCAAUUGAGACUCAUCCCCUUGACCAAUGUGAAGAUAGUGAGAAGGAUUGUGAGCCAAUGGAGGAGCAGCAGUUCCCCAGCAGUAGCUAUAUGCUACGGCCAUCUUUGUUAGUGCAUGCGGAGGAAAUUAUGCAGCGUGAGGAUUUUAGCCCCGGUACCAUCUAUGCGCUCAGUGGGUUGGUUUAUCAAAGAGUUCCCAUCUCUCCAAACCGCUCCCCUGUUUUCCAUCAGCUUCUCCUCAUCGCUGUUUUACCUUCUGAAUCCCAACCUGUCCACAGUCUCCAAAAUAAUCUGGAAGCUUUGCUUUCUCAUUACGACGUCUCGUUUGAGAAGGAGGAUCUAGGUGAGGAGCAUCGAGCAUGGCUCAGUUCUCGGGAGCUCCACAAUUUUGGCCAAAUAACUUGCGUCCCCAUUCCUCGAGCUGAACGCCAGGUCUGUAAAAGCUCCGUUUUGACUUUGCUGCUAAACCUGGACCACCUAGCAACCCUGAUCUUCUCGAUCCCUGACUGGCGUCUACUGUGGACUUCGGACCCACGCUUCCUGGCAAGUUUUGAACCGGGUAUCCUGGUGCCUUCCCCAUUUCAAUCGUUCUCACUCUACCCACCUAGUUACACCCAUGACGUGAGCUUCUGGAUGGAGCCAGAUACAUUUGACGAACUUGACUUUCACGAGGCAGUCCGCAUAGCCACGUGUGGAGCUGUAAGGGACAUACAGCUGGUAGACCGGUUCCGCCACCCUCACAUGGGACACGCUAGUCUGUGCUACCGGUUGGCAUACCAGUCGCCGGAUCGCGCCCUGUCCCGCACCCGAGUGCUGGACCUGCAAAACCAGCUGCGCACGUUGCUGCCUCUACGCUUGAACAUCACCCUCCGGUAAAUCCAGGAAUCCUCAAGAAUGCAAGAACAUUACGCAAGCACCUCACCCUAAGGUAAACACGAGAGGAGCCUUACCAAUAAUGGUUACACUUGAGAUUUUCUUUUGGACUUGGGUCCAAAUAUCCAAUCAACCAUUUUUUAAAUACUUCUCAUGGACAUCAAUCUUUAUUUAUUGAAUUUUACAGGUCAUAUUUUUAUUACAGAGAUCCUGUUGAGGUAAUCCAACUGAAAUGAGCUCCUAGGAUUAAAGAAGAUUUGUAAAUGCUAUAAUUAAGGUGUGUUCUUUGGGGGUUUUCACACUUAAGCCUUUUUUUUUCUUCUUUCCAUACCCAUGGCUGUGUGAACCAAAAGACCUUUACAUCUUGUACUCUUUUAGAGCGUUUCCACUCCUAUUACAUUGUUUGCCGGGUCAAAGGAAACGAAUACCUUUGGUUAAUUUGCUGUUUUGUUUGGUUAGGUUUUAGACUACAGCACGUGAAUGGUAUGUAGAGCUGAAAACGAUCUCACAGAGUCACUGGUCCAUGCAAAAAGGUAAACCAUCGGCAAGUGCUCAUAGUAAUCACCCGAGCAUGCAGAUCACGGCGCCGGUGCUUAAUAUCUGACGAAAUAAUUUAUUAAAUUAUAAUAAAACUAGUUUUAAACAGCAUUUUAUUUUUCUUCAGCCGUAAUCCAGAACACAGUAUGUGUGGUGUUGUUUUUUCCCCCUAAGCUCUGUUUUUUGGCUCAAUUAGAAAGACAUAUUUUAUUUAUUAAUGUAUUUAUAUUCCACCCAAAUGAUAAAUAUCCAGAUGUUGCACACCUGGUGCAACAGAUUGUACUGUAAUGGGAUUAUAACAAGUCCACACCCAGGGGAAACAAUUCAUAUCAUUGGCUUAUUAUCACAAAAUAAUUCCUUCAGAGCAACAGAUCAUUUGUGCAAACUUGUUCUUAUUGUUGUUUUAAUCGAUGCAUCAUUUAUGUCUCUAGGUGUUUGAAUACCUUCUGUUCUUGAUGUAUCAAAAAGGCAAUCCUCUGCAUGCAUGACCAGCUUCAAGCCAGUAAUAAGCAGCUGAUGUUUAUGCACUGAACUUAAGGAACCAGUCAUAAAAUCUAUAAAAUCUUAUUUAUCGUAUUAAACGUUUUCAUUUUCUUCUGGUUCUUUAAACAUCUUCACGAGGAUGCUGCAUGAUCUUGUACAUGACAAAGACGAACAUUUUACUUAUUUGGAUGAUUGUUUAUUCUUAUUCGAUUAUGACGAUUUGGAUUAUAUUUACGUGAAUAUGUUUGUAAUAAAUACGCUGCUGGAUAA